AUGCCACUCGCAGACACAAGUCUCCGGGAGUCACCCCUCCAAUUAUACGUCUUUGGAAGUAACGGGGAAGGCCAACUCGGUAUACCAGCAGCGGAAAUAGUUAAUACACCAACUCGAAUUUCUGGUCUUACUCCUUUGAGUUACAGCAAAUCUGUUGAUGAGCUGAAAACGAUCAAAGGCGGCGACAACCAUACGCUGCUCGUCACUAAACGCGGCACUAUCUACGGGGUUGGCGAUAAUCGCAAGGGUCAGCUGGUCAAGGGAACACCAGAAUCUCGACUCGACCGUUUCCAGAAUUUGACUUCCGGAUGCAACUUUGCCGCAGCUACAUGCGAAUCUUCUGCCUUCAUCGGGAGCGCAAGCGAUGAGCUUGGGCCUAAUCCAUCAGACGGUUGGGUCGAGAUUCGCGGCUCCAACAAUUGGGGUGAGUUGGGUUCGGACGACGGAGGUUCAACCCGAUUCCAUCUACCAGGCAAAGUAGUAGACUUUGCAGCGGGAGUCUGGCAUUAUGUCGCCGUCAUGGCCGAUGGUUCAGUCUAUGGCUGGGGAAAAGCGCGUCUUGGCCAGCUUGGGGGCACGCUGUCUGGCAAAGUUACAGUGGCUACCAAGAUUGAGGACAUACCAUUCAAGCCGGAGAAGGUUGUAUGUGGUAAAGACUUUACAUAUUUGGUUGGCGACCCAACCGAAGGACAGCAUCAUUUACUCGGGAAAGACAAGUUCAACAUCAUCUCGAAUAUGCCGGAUCAUAUCAAGAAUUGGAAAGACGUUGGCGCGACGUGGCACGCAAUCUUUGUAUUGUUCGAAGACGGGACCCUUACCGCGUGGGGUAAGGAGAAUAUGUGGCAACUAGUACCACCUAAUUUACCACUUCUGGAUAAAAUUGCUAUUGGGUCAGACCACAUACUUGCUGUAACAAGGGAAGGCAAUUUGAUAUCGUGGGGCUGGGGUAAGCACGGAAACUGUGGCGAUCUCUCCAAUAUCGCGAUUGAGAUUAAGAACGACAUGGUCAGCGGUUUCUGGAAUGAGAUCAGUAUACCAGGGACAUUUGAGAUGAUUGGAGCUGGAUUCUGUACCAGCUUUGUCGUUACUAAACAAUCAAUCACGUAA